GGUGAAUUGUCUGCCAUGGUGGUGUUGAAGAUGUUGAACCUGAAGUCGGAGCAUUUUGAUGCCAAGCUUACGAUGCUCCUGCGGGGCAGCGGGUGAUCAGGGGCUUUCAGUUGGACAGGCCGUUGAUUGGCUGCCAGCUCACGCCACGUUUCUUAGGCUGGCGUUUCUCCAAAUUCUGAAACACCACCUCCAGUGAAAUCCGAACGGCUGGCCAACAGAUCAGCGGACCUUGCCGCGCACGCUGUGGACAAAAUAACUGACACUCCAAAAGUCCUGAAACAUACCUCGAAAGUUGAAAACUAUCAGUGUUGAUAGUAUAUUACACGUGCAACCAACUAGCAGUUGCAACCACCCUGUCCACGACGUGCCGCGCGACGGGGCGAGUCCUCUCUGAAGCUGACAGGUGCUGCCAAGUGGGUCAUUCUCGCCUUGCAUCUCCAGCUGAAGAGAGGUUGUUGAGAUGGCUCAGGGUGAAUAGAAAGAGAGCUCGGUAUCGAAGUAGGUGCAUAAAAACCCGGAAUAUUUCCCGUCCCUAUAUGUUUCUGUACAACCUCGGAACUACAUGCGACUCGAAAAAAGGGGUAUCCGUACUUCUUUGAACCAAAAGUGAAAUCGGGGAACAAAAACACCGUGCCGUGUAUCUCCACCGGCCCCGAUCCAUAACCGGAGAACAUAAAACCAUCAAACGCCCGUUUCCGCGCCCCUUUACAUGAAUGUCAGAACAAACAAAAUAACAGCCCCAGAUGAGACGCCCGACAACCAGCUAGCUCUCACCGGGUCCAGGCUAAAACCGGCGCCCUUGACAGGUGAGUUCGUCAACGAUGCUGCUGGUGUCCCGUCAAUGUCAAUCGUGUUGGGUAACGGACCCGGUGUUGUCAAAGUCAACGCGCCCCAUGUUACCUCGGGCGUCGUGAAAGUCUCCGUCCACACAGUCUGCGUCGGCCCCGUGAUGGUGCCCUCCCAAUGGUUGACCCCGAAGGAUGACGAUCCUGUGCAGGUUGCGGCCGUUGUGCCGUCCAAGCUGCAUUCAAGUUCGGCCGUUCUGUCACUCAGUUAGCCACUUUGAUCUUUCGGAUUCAGAAAACCAUGGCUCGCAAACGGACAGUGUCCCAGGGGCCACGCCACCAUAUUUCAAAGUCCCUGGCCCUUCUGUGAAGACAAAGGGAAGGUCGCCGGCAAUCUGACAACUUGGCGCCUUCUCAGCACAAAAGACCGUGUAGGUUGUUGCAGAUUGGUCCUGAACAGUCGAUUAAUCAAAAUGCUCCAUCUCAACCUGGAUUUCUCAAUCAAAAUACGUACACUGCCAAUGAUGCUGCCGCGAAGAGCAGCCCAGUGAGCCUCCCCGUAGCCGGGUAUGUAAACUGAUACGGUGGAUUGGCCGUGUGCACCAGUGAUUGCAUGCGCUAUCACAACCGUGGUGCAGAUCCAGCAAGAGACUCGUCCUCCCCGGCGCCGUUCCUCUCGCCGAAAUCUCAUGAUGUUUUGGAGGUGUGGCAGAGCGGUUACGCUUUCGAUUUGGCAGCCAUCGCAGCAACAGGGAUAUUCACAGAGAGAAAUGGAUUUUUUGGAAGGAAGAGAAGAGAUGGGAUUGUCACAACUCGAUCUAGAACGGCAGGACAGUCAUGCCCAGACCUGCGCUGUUUUGUCCGGACGAUGGGAAUUGCGUUCUUGGCGUUGGCGGCGCUCUUGGCGAGGGGGGGCUUCGCCAAGACAUACCUCUGAGUUUUUCGUGUCGUCCAGAUAUAGUCGCCAAGCCGCACAUCACGAUGCUGCUCUUCGGGCGGUGACUUGCUUCUGUUUAAGACGAGCGCAUCUGCAUUGAAGUCGUGUAUCUGUCGUGAACACCACAUGGUUCUGCAAAAUCCAUGGCUUGCUGUAAGUGCCCGAACAGGUGGGUUCCAAUGGGCGUUUGGCAGGGGUUACGUCAACAGUCGGCUUCAGGCGACGGUAGCUCCGACACCGAUCUGAAUCCUAACAACAUCAAACGAUCACCCGAUCAUGUUUCCCAUGUAGCUUUUGGUUCUGGCACUUGUCGAUCUUUGAUAUACCUCAGGGCAAAGCUGUAAACAAGGGUUGAUUUUCUUGCCGUCGAUCAUCACCGCCAAAGCAACUUUGCUGCUGUAUAAAACACGGGAUGCGCUGUCAAUCAGUUCCCGUACCACAUCCAGAGGCGGGAUCGCUUGCUUUUUGCUUUGCUACCUCCUUCUCUUCUGGGACUCCCAACCGCAAUUUCUGUAGACCAGAUUUGUGGACCAGCCAUGUUUGAGGGUAGGCAUAAAGUCAUACAGGGAUCAUGUGUUGCUGAUUGAUGGCUUUCCCAUUGAGCGGUUUGCCCGAAAUCCGGACGAUUUAGUACAAGUAAUUUCAGCUUCAGGGAGGGACGCGUUUGGCUGGGUUUGAUACCGAAUACGGAGCAAGCUGCCUAAAAGAUGUGGAUAUACUGUCUUAGUAUCAUAUUUCUAUAGUCCUUCUUCCAUCUUUGGUUUUUACGCGUCUUCUUCUUGCUUUGUUUCGCCUGCAUCUACUGAAUUGAAAUCGUCACCAUGGUUCGCGUUACUACCUUGCUGGCCUCCGCCGGUCUCAGCACCAUGGCCUCGGCUCAGGAUGUCGGAGCGGCUACCACCUCAGUCACCUCUCUCUUCCUUCCCGGCUUCGACACGCAGACCAUCUGGGCUUCUGUCAUCACUGCCCAGCCCGCGGCGGCAACCUACUCACUCGCAUGCCCUCCCGAUGCCGAUUCCAACGACUGUGGCCUUGGCACAGGCUUGACUAUUGUUCAGGGGGAAAGCACCUUCUCUAUUGACAUGCGCGGAGAGUCUGUCACACAACAAUACGGUUGCAAUCUCGUGGGCAAAGAAGCCAAGUGUUAUGGCUCCAUCAUCAGCCCUGGCGGGACUGCUCUGUUCCAGCAGGUUGCAGGUGACUACCAGAAGGAAAUCCAAGCCGUAACAAUCACGGCCGGCUUGGAGAAGUUGGAUGUUGAGGCUGCCACUACCAGUGCCUCCGGCACUGGCGCUGUUGAGACAGGCACGCAGACCACAACCCAGACAGAGGACGCUGCCGGCUCUACGAGCAGCAGCACAGCUGGUGUCCCCCAGAUUACCCAGAAUGCUAUCAUGAUGGGUGCUGCUCUUGUCGGUGCCGGCGCGAUGCUUCUCUAGGGGACUUGCCAUGGAAACACAGAUCUGUUCGCUGAGACGUUUGCGAUGUCUCUGGUUGUGUAAGAACGAGGAUGCAUGUAAACAUGACCGUCAAUAAUUAGAAUGGCCACCCCGGCCUGCUAUGCUAUGUUCAAGGACGAAACCAACCGCACAUGCUCAAGGAUGAGAACAACCCCCUAUGCUCAGCACCACCUACUGUCCAAUCUGAUAGGA